GUGUGAGAGCGUACACGCACGGGGAGAAGGUGAAGAGUACGCGCGGGGCAAAACAGCACGUUUUUAACUCUUUGAUGUGACCUUCUGCUUGGAAUUUGACCCGGAUCAGUGAUAUGCAGUCGCCUCUUCACCACACAUUCACUUUCAGACCAACUAUUGAAGAAUUGACGAGCGUUGAUCGAUCAGCGUGGGUUUGUUGGAGCUGCUUUUAGGUCGUAUAAAGUCACGAGUAAAGAGCGCGACUCGAAUCCUUCGCCUCCGCAUGAGCACCAAACGGACGACUACAGCGCUGUCCAGUCCGGUGUUUACCGGGGAGCAUGAGCCGAGAUGAGCCAGAGAGACACGCUCGUGCAUCUGUUUGCUGGGGGAUGUGGAGGCACGGUGGGUGCGAUCCUGACCUGUCCGUUAGAGGUGGUGAAGACGAGGCUUCAGUCUUCCUCAAUAACGCUUUGCAUCUCUGAGGUGCAUCUGAGCACAGUUAAUGGAGCCAGCGUGGCACGUGUGGCUCCUCCGGGGCCCCUACAUUGCCUCAGAUUAAUUCUUGAGAAGGAAGGGCCUCGUUCUUUAUUUCGGGGCCUGGGGCCAAAUCUAAUUGGAGUGGCUCCUUCACGGGCCAUCUACUUUGCCGCCUAUUCCAGCUCAAAGGAAAGACUGAACUGUGUGUUUGAACCAGACUCCACGCAGUUGCACAUGACGUCUGCUGGAAUUGCAGGGUUCACGGCCAUAACAGCAACCAACCCAAUUUGGUUGAUUAAGACGCGUCUACAGUUGGACGCCAGGAAACGUGGGGAGCGUCGCAUGAAUGCUUUCGAGUGUGUGCGGCGUGUGUAUCAGACGGAUGGGCUACGUGGGUUUUACCGCGGCAUGUCUGCGUCUUAUGCAGGCAUCUCAGAGACUGUGAUUCACUUUGUGAUCUAUGAAAGCAUAAAGCGGCGUCUUUUAGAGGCCAAAGCAGCAACGCACAUGGAUGGGGCUGAGGACACAGCCAAGGACGCGUCAGACUUCGUGGGCAUGAUGCUGGCAGCCGCCACUUCCAAGACCUGCGCCACCUGCAUAGCCUAUCCACACGAGGUAAUCCGCACACGGCUAAGGGAAGAAGGUACCAAAUACCGCUCGUUCUUCCAGAGUCUCAACCUGGUGAUUAGAGAGGAAAGCUAUCGAGCUCUGUACCGAGGACUCACCACACAUCUGGUCCGACAGAUCCCCAACACGGCCGUCAUGAUGUGCACCUACGAGUUCGUCGUCUACCUGCUCGAAGGCUAAACUUUGACUUGAGCUGCCUCAGUAUUCAUGACUGAAAGGUUCUGUGAUUUAAUUUGGUAUCUGGUAGUGUGUUCUGAGGGGAUGGUGUUUGGAGAAACAGUGGAAGUGACUUAAAAGGUGGUGUCUAGAAAACAAUUUGUUCUUGGUUUUUCUUAACUUUGUCUUUUAAUGUUCUUUAAAAAGAUGCUACUUCUAAAAAGCCUGGACAGUCAGUUCACCUUUAGCCUCCUCUGAGUUGUUUUUCCCUCUCAAACAGCACCUCAGGUCAGAUAGAUCUUGUAUGUGGAUUCAGUAGGUUAUUUCCAGCAGAGAAGCUGUUCUCAUGUUGGAGGGUCAUUGAGGGUUUUGUCCGGCCCAUUGCUGUGCUGUGAUUUUCUCUAA